AUGGAAGACUUUUGGGACGUGCUAGUUGACAAAAACAAACAGGACGAUUUUUACUCUCUCCUAGGCUGCGAUGAACUAGCUACCACAGAACAAAUUAAUGCAGAAUUUCGUCAAAAGGCAAAAGAAUGUCAUCCUGACAAAAACCCUGGAGAUCAAGCCGCUAAAAAGUUAUUCGAAAGGUUUGUAAACUACACGUCGGGGGUUUUAACACGACUGUUGUUGGAAGAAAAAUGUUGCAGAAGUGUUUUCCGCAUGCUUGAUAUACUUCAAUAACGAGUGUGAUGUUUUAAUAGCUAACUGUACUGUCGGCUAAUUAGUACCUACGAUUAUGUGAAGUUAUUUAGGUUCGAUCGUACUAAAUUAAUUAUCGCGAAAACGGGGUAAAGACUUUAAAUGUUACGUCAUAAAUGCACAACAAUAGUGCUCCAAUGUAAUGACUGCAGAAAAUCUCCAAGGAUCAUAUAUACCUGUACAUUUGUACUUCUUUUUCAUUUAUUUCAAAUUCCAGUGAUGAAUUGUGUUUGUUUCUUUAAGCCUGAUUCCAGAAAAUCUAUACCAGACGUCUAGUCGUCUGCGGCGGUCACGCUGUGACAAUUCUCGAACCCUUCAGACAAACUUUCCAAUUUAUUUUAGGGAUCGCAAACUUUCCAUGCUUGUUUGGCUCGAUUUUGGUGCAAAAACAGCGACAAGCACACGUCUACGACGGACCAUGAUCUGAAACACGAUCGGCGACCGGUCUUACGUGACGUGAACUUAACAAGCCUUAAUUCAGGCCAUGUAAGGGGGAGUGAUUGUUUACCACUGGAUGUAAGAUAGAAUGCAGUGUUUAUUCCUAAAUUAUACGAUAAGCUUGCUUACAAGUCGCUUCGCUACAAAGUCCAUCUCAAAAAAUCUGUCAUGUUAAGUUUGAAAGGUCGAUUUUCUCUUUUGAAAAUAUGAAAGAGUUAAUAAAAUAGAUCCCUUGGGAAGGAAGUUUUAGCGUGGGAAAAACCAUAUCUCCAAUACAGUUAUAAGGGAAUAUUCAGAUUAAAAAAGGCUUCUGGUAAGAAAAAGAAUAUUGGGCAAACUUUUUUACAAAGCUUACACACUGGUAAAUCCUUGGUGUAAGAACUAGCCACACUGAGUUAUGCAGCACACCUUUUCCUCAUAUGACAUACCCAAAAAACCUGUCACUAGGAAGAUAUUUUGUUGCAGCAUCAGAUAACAUUAUUCAAAUUGCAAUGCAUAACCUAGUGAGUGCUAAGCUUAUAUAAUAUUUUUAAGAGAAUAAAAAUGAUAUUGCAAGACAACCAAUAAAAGAAAACAGAAAAAAAGAUACAAUAAAGGCUUGUUACAAAGUAAACCUUAUAUUUAUCUUACUGUAUUACUGUUUUCAGAUUAAAACAGGCUCGGAAUACUCUUUGUAAUGAAGAAAGCAGAAAAAAGUAUGAUAAAUGGCACAAAUCUGGAAUAGCUGUACCAUAUGAACAGUGGCUUGAGCUGAGUGGUGCAGUUCACACAUCAUUACAUUGGGCAGCCAAACCAAGGAAGGAGCUCAUGUUGGAUUGGAAGAAAAGUAAGAAAAAAUUGACAGUGUUAAUACCUUGCGUUCCUUGUUAAAUCUGACUUUCUCUUGCUGCUUAUGUAUUUUUUAGAGCAGAAUUUCAAUCAGUGGGAUUUAAAAGUACUUUCAAAGCUAAGACAAGAUUGGCCAUAAUUAUGUUACCCUUUCAUGCUACAUGAAAUAAGGCACAUUUAUAUGCAACUCUAACUUUAAGAUUGGUAGAUGAAAUCCUAUGGUCUUACCAUUCAAAUGAAACCUCUUCAGCAGUACUUUCAUGUGAUACUAUAAAAACUAACUUUUGACUCUGUGGAUGAAAUCCUAUGAUGUUACCAUUCAAAUGAAACCUCUUCAGUAGUACUUUCACACGGUACUAUUUAUUUAGUAUGUAGUUCUAACUUUUGAGUCUGUGGAUGAAAUUCUAUGGUGUUACCAUUCAAAUGAAACCUCUUUGGCAUUACUUUGCAUAGUACUGUCUAUUUUUAGGGAUUUUAGAAAAAAAAACCUUAAAUUUUUUUCUGAAUUUUAUCUUUGGUUACUUGCUGAAAUUCUCAGUAAAUUCAAAGUCAUUUUAAAUGUGAUUUUCAGGUGAAGAAAAAAAUCUGAAUGAAUGUUUAAAUGAAGAAGAAAAUGCAAAACAUCGCCGUCUUCAGUCUCCAUGUGUUUCCAUUCAACAUUGUGCCAGGCCACCGAGGAGGUGUGGGUGGAGCUUGAUGCGGAGUACACACAUCAGCAAGUUUAGGAAAUAUGAGAUUUGAAAAGGAAAUUGGCUUCAGAGGAAACCUUUAAGCUCACACUGUUCAGAACUGUUGGUCCUUGUCCUAACAACUGUACACCAUCGCUGUGGCUUAAGUGUAUUGCCAGACAAUGGCACAAUAUUGGCAGGAUAGAUAAACAUACUUUGUUCGUUUUCGUUCGUCUAACAACAGCUUUCUUACAGUAGCAUAUUAAAAACUGUGUACACCAGAAAUGUUUUCAACUGUUGUUGUGUUGCCAGAAAAAGCCAUUAUUAGCUUGAGCAGGCAGUUGACAGCAUCAACAAGCUGCCAACUAUAAUUCAAC